GUACAUUGUAAAUAUUAUGAAUAACCUUUAUAGCUUAGCUGGAUUGUGCUAAGCGUAAAGUCCACUUCUAUCCGAUAGAAAAUGAUAGUAAGUUGCUUUAAAAAUUGUUGAAGUUUAAAAUACCUCAUGAGAGCGAUUCAAGACCUCUCAAGAAGGGUUGGGCAAUUUUGCAAAACAAACGCGUGCGUCUUAGGCAAUAUGGGCGAACCUGACAUUCAAGUUUCGUAACUUUAGGCUACCUGCGUUUGUGAUACGGUUUUAUUUUGUUUAAAUAUGCGAAAACGAUCGCGAUAUAAACUUUUGAAAUACUUUGCUAUAGCUGGAUUAAUCACAUUUGUAGUUAUCCUCGUUUUUAAAAGCACAAUACGGCCGUCUCUACAGAAGAAGACUCCAGCACCUGAAGAGCUCUAUAACGUGAUCUCACCAUCAACAUACAAAUUCAUUCUGAACCAGCCAGAACUGUGUGAGAACAGAAGUCCUUUCCUGGUUCUUAUGAUCCCAGUGACUCUCAAAGACACAGAGGCCAGGACUGCUAUUAGAAGGACAUGGGGUCAAGAUGGCUUGAUUCCUCCUGUGACCAUUUUGCAUUUGUUUGUCAUUGGUCAGCCAGCACAAAGAGACCCAGUACUGCAGGAGCACCUUGAGAAGGAGAGCAAGGAAUAUGGAGAUAUCAUUCAAAUGGACUUUGUGGACAGCUACCAUAAUCUCACAAUCAAGACGAUGAUGAUUAUGAACUGGAUGGCCACUUACUGCCAGGGGGCCUGGUAUGCCAUGAAGAUCGAUGCAGAUAUCUUUCUCAAUGUACGUUACCUGGUGGACUACUUGCAUGACCAGAGCGAGUCCUCAAGGAAAGACUUCAUCACUGGAUCAGUCAUCUCAGAUGCUGUUCCUCACAGGGACAGCUUCAACAAAUGGUACAUCUCAGAGGAUCUUUACCCAGACUCCUGGUAUCCUCCAUACGUGUCUGGAGCUGCAUAUGUCUUUUCUACUGACCUGGCCAGAAAAAUAUCCUGGGCCUCUAGAUUUGUGCGACCGAUUCCACUCGAAGAUGUCUAUGUGGGGUUGUGCCUACACGUCCUGGGUGUAAAACCAGUUUAUGCAACAACAUUUCUGGGAUUUAGGAAUCUUUUUGAGGUGCGCAGACUUAAGUAUGAAAGGUGCACUUUUGCCAAGCGCAUUAUAGCAAAUGGCUUUAACCCACAGAAUCUUCUCCGCAUUUGGCAUGACUUUCAGAAGUCUUAUUUUACAUGUUGAUACAACUGAAAUAACUAAAACUCUAUUUGAAGUAUCUUGAAGCUGCUAAACUUAUGUGUAGUAUUUGCUAGUACCAUUCCUUUAACAAAGUUCACAUCAGUAGUGAGAUCCAGCACUGUAACAUAUGCGAGGGAGAACAAAAUAAUGUUUUACUGAAAGGGCCAAGAACACUUACAAGGGAAGUAGACAGCUGUUGAGGUGUGGUAUGUAGAAAAUAAUUACAUUUAAGAGAAAAAAACAAUAUAGAGGGGGAAUAAGGGCAUGUGGAAGUGGAAGAGGUUAUAUAAAACACUUUCUUAGAUAAACUAUUUCAAAGACUAUUUUUAAUGCCGGCCGUGGGCCACAGACCUCAGGUAUUAUAAGUGAUCCAUCACCUAUUUCAUAGUGUUUUUAUUCUUCUGCCUUCUGGGGGAUGGCAGAAAAAUAAAAACACUUUGAAUUGGGUGAGAGGGGUCACUUAUAUUACCUGAGGAGGGAGGAUUGGAGUCCUUAAGAAGAGGAGAUACUGCUGUGAUAUGUUCAGGAUUUUUCUUUAUAGUGUGAGUCCGUAUAAAUAGCAAUCUCUUUCAUCUGUUUUCAGUGAUUAAAUGGCAGCUUACUGGCUCUUUUAUUUGUCCUUUUGUAAUUACUUUCAAUUUAGAAAUCAUACAGUAGCUGCCCUUACAGAUAUAUCAGCAAUUUGUUUUAUAAAGCGGAUUGCACUAUUUAAACAAAGCAUGAUAGAGAGCUCUUUUCUUUCUGUACUGAAGUUGCACAUAUCAUUUUAAAAGAGCUAUUUACCACCCACGUUUGAACUUUAAACAAUAAAAAUAUUUAUUUUUGAUGG